UACCGUGUCGGAUACACGCCGGCCGCCAAUCUCGCCCCACACAUCGAAUUUCGGCGCUGAAGCAGUCGGGUUUCUCUCCAUUUCUCUCGAGUUUUAAGACCCCACUCCUUCCUCAUUCCGUCCUCGCUCCGCCCGGACUGUCCAUUGCGGUGCUGCUUCCGCCGCUACCCUACCAGCGCUUUUCUUAGAAGUUUGCCUGAAUUAAGUGAUAUUAGGAACAGACCGUCAAUUUCAAAGAACAGAGAGAGUGCGGACAAAAACACGAGGAAUUCAAACAGGACGAGUGGAUGAAAGGCACCGGGCAAGCUAAAUCUGCCAGGCCUGAUGUCUAUUCCCCGGAGCCCCACUUCUAGUGAGGAUGAGAUGGCCCAGAGUUUUUCUGAUUACUCAGAAGACUGCGCUUCUGAAAGCUCCCAUGAAGAAACUAUUUAUGAAACUAUAAGGGCCACUGCUGAGCCAUCGCCACGCCACAUGGACGACAUCCACAUAAACUCUCUGGUCAUCCGUGUUAUCAUCCCCGACCUGCAGCAGACGAAAUGUAUGCGGUUCAACCCUAACGCAACAGUCUGGGUUGCCAAGCAGCGGAUCCUGUAUACACUUAAUCAGAGCCUGAAGGACGUGCUCAACUAUGGCCUUUUCCAGCCUGCCAACAGUGGGAGCGAUGGCAAGUUCCUGGAUGAAGAACGUGUCCUCCAAGAGUACCCUCAACCAAUCAGCAAAGGUGUUCCAUGUUUGGAGUUUCGCUACAAGAGCCGAGUCUACAGGCAGUCCAAUUUGGAUGAGAAACAAAUUGCCAAACUUCAUACGAAGGUCAAUCUGAAGAAGUUCAUGGACCUUAUACUCCACAAUCAGGUGGACAAAGUUUCUAAGAUGUUAGAGAGAGGCCUUGAUCCCAACUACCAUGACAGUGACACUGGUGAGUGCCCUUUGACCUUUGCAGCACAUCUGGAUAACGUGGUGGAGAUGAUCAAGGUUCUUAAGAAUGGAGGUGCUCACUUGGACUUCAGAGCCAAAGAUGGUAUGACAGCCCUCCAUAAAGCAGCACGUUGCAAGAACCAGGUUACACUCACGACACUGUUGGAGCUGGGGGCAUCUCCAGACUACAAGGACAGCCGUGGUCUGACUCCUUUGUAUCACAGCGUGAUUGUGGGGGGAGACCCAGGUUGCGGUGAGCUCCUUUUGAAUCAUCACGCCUCUGUGUGCUGCCAGGAUGAGAAUGGAUGGCAUGAAAUUCAUCAGGCCUGCCGACAUGGACAUGUGCAGCACCUGGAGCAUCUACUGUUCUAUGGAGCAGACAUGAGUGCUCAGAAUGCCUCAGGAAACUCUGCCCUACAUGUCUGUGCGCUAUAUAACCAGGAUAACUGUGCCAGAGUGUUGCUUGUUCGUGGAGCUGAUAAAGAAGUCCGGAACUACAACAGCCAGAGUCCUUUUCAGGUUGCGAUUAUUGCUGGAAACUUUGAUCUUGCUGAACUUAUCAAGAACCACAAAGAGAGUGACAUAGUGCCUUUCCGUGAGGCUCCAGCAUAUUCCAAACGGCGCCAAGGUCCAUCAUCUGGUAACACCAGUGGAAACAGCCAAUCCCCCGCGUCUUUAUCAGCUCCACGGCUCCUGCUGCGCUCUAACAGUGACAACAACCUAACAGUGAGUCAGUACCAGCAGCACGGUUCACCGAGCAACUGGGCACCCCGUCUACAGCAACACCCAAACAGGGCCAACCAGCAGGGUCACUCACAGCCUGGCUCCUCAGCAUUACAUCGCAGCCUGUCACCCCAGCUGCUUCAGCAGAUGCCCAGCGGCAGCCCCAAUGGCAAUGUGGUGGUUCGGACCAUGGGAAAGGGGUCAAGGAGCCGGUCACCCUCCCUCAGCCGGCUGGGGGAAGAGACCCGACUGGCUAUACCCUCACAGCGCCAACCCAAUCCCAGCAGUCAUGGAGAUGCCCUAGGCACCAGGAGGAAGCUGUACAGUGCGGUCCCAGGGAGACACUUUGUGGUGGUUCGUCCUUACACUGCCCAGGCCGAAGGAGAGCUGAACCUGUAUAAGAAGGAUAGAGUCAAAGUUCUGAGCAUCGGAGAAGGUGGCUUCUGGGAGGGCAGCACCCGCGGCCAGGUGGGCUGGUUCCCAGCUGACUGUGUGGAGGAGAUCCCAGCCAAGGCCACAGAGGAGAGGAGCUAUUCCCGAGCGGACCGUGCUGACAGACGGAAAUUGUUCAGACACUACACUGUGGGCUCUUAUGACAGCUUUGAUGCCUCCAGCGACUGCGUGGUGGAUGAGAAGACGGUGGUUCUCCAGAAGAAGGAGAAUGAAGGAUUUGGCUUCGUCCUACGAGGGGCAAAAGCGGAUACACCCAUUGAGGAGUUUACUCCCACCCCGGCCUUCCCAGCUCUGCAGUAUCUGGAGUCAGUAGACGAGGGGGGCGUGGCAUGGCAGGCGGGGCUCAGGACGGGGGACUUCCUCAUCGAGGUGAAUCAGGAGAAUGUGGUGAAGGUAGGCCACAGACAGGUGGUCAACAUGAUCCGCCAGGGUGGGAACCGCCUCUUGAUCAAGGUGGUGACAGUAAGCCGGAAUCUGGACCCUGAGGACACAGCACGUAAAAAAGCUCCGCCACCACCAAAGAGAGCUCCCACCACUGCCCUGUCCAUGCGCUCCAAGUCAAUGACGUCCGAGUUAGAGGAACUCGACAAAGUUGAAGAGAUGACGCACGCCCAGAAGACAUCGCCAGUUGAUAUGAAGAUCGCAACAAUCAAGCCUCGGCCAUCAAGUCGCUGCUUGGGUACACCCACUGAACUAAAUUCCAUGUACCAUGACCGCCAGGGAGUAGCAGUGGUUCCACCCACUGUGCCAGGGGCCUUUCUGGGGUUACCAGAGAAGAGCAUGCUGAGGAAGCAAAAAUCUAUAGGUACAACAGAGGAGGAAAAACAGGGAUUCCUUACGCCUCCUCUACUUAAGUUUUCCCGCAGUCUCUCAAUGCCAGAUACUUCAGAGGAUAUCCCUCCUCCCCCAGCCAUUUCACCCCCCUCACCACCUGCCUUCAACUCACCUGCUGGCUCAAAGCCCAAGAGUUACGGUACCACAAGACCCACCUUUACCCAGAACUCACCUAACGCAGUGACGACUAUUAGUAGAACCACAGAUGUUGGUACAUUGAGGCGGGGCUACCACAGACAGAGUUCAGAGCAUUUUGAGAGUACACGCACACGAGGGCGUACGCCAGUGCCCGAAAACCCGUACUCUGAAGUAGGCAAUAAGAAUUUGUAUGUGCCAGCAAAACCAGCCCGAAGGAAGGGCAUGCUAGUAAAACAGUCAAAUGUCGAGGACAGUCCAGAAAAAACAUGUCAUAUGCCAGCAAGCCCCUCGGGCCCAGUUUCCAUGCCUACUACACCUGUUGAGCGAACAUGCUCUUCCAUCCCCAUUCCUACCAUCAUUGUCAAGGAACCAUCCACCAGCAGCAGUGGCAAGAGCAGUCAGGGUAGCAGUAUGGAGAUUGAACCCAGCACUCCGGAACACCCAUCUCUAAUGCCAACUGUUGGUGGAAGUGGUGGUCUGCGUCCUGAAGACCCAACGUCUUUAGGCAACCCAUUUGCGGCAGCUAUUGCUGGUGCGGUGCGGGACAGAGAGAAGAGACUCGAGGCAAAAAAACACUCUAUUGCCUUCCAGUCAAUAGAUAUGGGGGAUGAUGACUUAAUUGGUCCUACCCCAACACCUCGCCUUCGCCAGUCAAAAUCCAUCGAUGAGGGCAUGUUUGGUAGUGACGAGCGACUCCGAAGGAUGAUGGCUCCACUAGUGCACCUUGGACCACCUGUUGGAGGAGGCAGUGGAAACAUGACAGACUUUAACACUCCGGAGCCUACCGUUGUUCGGGAGCCACUAAAUACUAAAACAGGACAGUGUCCUAAUCUAGAUAGCCCUGUUAGUCUCCCAGCUACUCCUCCAAAGAGCCGAUAUAGGGCCAAUGGGACCUACCUUCAUCCUGUCACUGGUAAACCUCUGGACCCUAAUUCUCCUCUAGCUUUGGCCCUCGCAGCUCGUGACCGAGCAAUGAAGGAACAACAAAAUCAUCAUCAAAAUCAGCAACAAAAUCCUCCUCAGGUUCCGCAAACUCCCAAACACGAAGCUCAGUCCCUCCCCCUGCAGCCAAGCCACAAACUAGACCUCAACCAGCCACUCUUUAUCGAUACCAAGUUGCGGUCUGGGAUUGAGACAAGUUUUGCGUCAAUCUCCUCGGCAACCAUGGGCCGUCCAGGGCGAGGUGGCUUGCGCAGGCAAAUGACUGAACAGAAAUACGAGUCUGAUGUGGCUCGGGAGGAGCGAGAGCAUCACGUAGUUGAGGAGAGGAAAAGUGCACCUGCAGAUGUGGCUGACACACCUAAGUCAGCUGGGCUGUUAAUGGUUCACACCAGCACAGAAAUAAGCAACAAGGUAAACAACCAAGAGUUGGAAGGACAGGAUAGCAACAGGCCAUCUGAGCUGAAAGACCCCAAUCAACCUGAUCCUCGCAGUGGCCCAACAUUGUCUAUUAAUCCCCAGCCCUCUUCAACACGAAGACGUAGCAUUCCUUUAGGAGAAUCCUUGGAUGAACCUGUGAAGCUACCUUUCCGGAUCCCCCCUCCUCCGCUAGCGUCAGUUGACAUUGAUGAGGAUUUUGAUUUCACAGAGCCACUCCCACCUCCUCUAGAGUUUGCAAACAGUAUUGACAUCCCCGAUGACCAGGCUAGUGUGAUUGCACAGAUGCUUCAGCAACAGAGAAGGAAUGGGGGUCCUCUACUACCCCAAUACAAUGUCCAUGCCCCUCUACUUGUCACUGAUCAACACAAACGGGUGACGAACAGUAUGGCCCCUUCAUAUCCUCCUCCUCCACCAGACCCAGAGUCAGGGGUAGGUGACUCUGGUAUUGAAGAGGUAGACAGCCGCAGCAGUGGAGACCCUCAGCACAUGGAGACCACCAGCACCGUGUCAAGCAUCUCCACCCUUUCGUCAGAAGGAGGCUACUGUGAAACCACUCUGGAGAGCCUUUAUGCUACUGCAGAUGGGCAUUGCUUCCUAGUGGAUAGACCUCCUGUACCACCCAAACCCAAAGGCAAAUCAGUCAUCAACAGAACCUCGCUUUACCAUGAUGCCCUAAUUGAAGAACCACCUGAAUCUUAUGGGUCACCACCUCAGGCUAGUGCUGCUCAUACUUUAUCCUCUGAACCUCCUAGGACGCCCACUCAAAGGACAUCAAAGCUGUGGGGUGAUCAACCUCCUGAGCUUCAUAGCCCUCCAUCUACACCAGACACCAAGAACACAGUUAUCACAGAGUUGAGUUCCAUUCUGCAACACAUGAAUCGCGAUAGACCACCCAAAUCAGGAGAAAGCCUGGACUCCCCCACAGGAAACCAAGGGGACUUUGGAACAAGGAUGCCCUCAAACGACUCAGGAAUACGUAACAACGCCACCGCUGCUGCCGCCCUGACUUCCACGCCUCCGAGCAGCCUUCCUUCUCAGACACACCCCUGCAGCCCUCCAGACUCCGCCUCUUCCCUCACCCCCUGCUCUUCGCUGCCGCCCUCGGUGUCGCCCACACUCACAGAUGUCUUCGGCCUGCCCACCCCACCCAUGGGCAGCGGUGGAGGUUACAGUCUGAGCUCGUCGUGCGGCGGGAGCGGGAGCUCACGUUCGCCGUCACCGCUGACUCUCAUGCAGGCGGUGGCGGCGUCGGGAAAGCCCUUCGCCUCCAAGCCCGUGGAGCUGUGGAGCAAGUAUGACGUGGCCGACUGGUUGGAGAGCCUUCACCUAGGAGAGCACAGAGACGCUUUCCUGGAUAAUGAAAUCGAGGGUGCCCACCUCCCCUCUUUGCAAAAAGAAGACUUGAUAGACCUGGGCGUCACGAGGGUGGGCCACCGCAUGAACAUCGAGAGGGCCCUCAAGCUGCUGCAGGACAGAUAAGCCCAGAGGACAGCGAAGCAGCAGAGGACAGCGAAGGGAAGGUCACACUCAGAGCAUGGGGCGCAGGAGAUCUCUUUGUACGACACACGCUCCAGUCAAGUUGUCCAAGUUGAGGAUAAGGGACUGUCUCUGGAACAGUGGGUCCUCAAACUGUGGAAGUAAUUUAUUUCUCAUGAAGACCUGUGCUCAUCCAACUACAGCUUUGGAAUACUACUCACCUUUUCCAUGUGCCCCAUGUGUGGGUGCAUGAAAACCAGCUGAGCUGGUAUUUUUUUCUUCUUCUUCUUUUUGAUCCUUUUCUAUCUUUGCUAGAGAAUAAUAUGAGAAUAUUUCUUCACUAGAGUCCUACCGGAGUUAUAUUUCUGGGUGCAUCUAAGGUUGUAGAGAAACACUUUUGCUUUUCACCUGUUUUUGUUCACGUUUGAAUUCAUAACUAGUGGUCACAACAAGCACAUACUCACUUACUGCACACAAAUCCAUGCGUAAGAAGACACGGUCUUCACAGACAUGGACAUGACGAAGCAUGAAUACACACACUGUCACUGCAAUCGCCUUCUCCUCGGAGAGUAGAGUGUGGAUUGACGUGGUCCGAAGCUCCUGCAACGUGGCACCAAGUCCAGCCAAAGGCCAGCACCCUUAGUGAUGCCAUCAAACGCUUCAACCAUAUUGGAGCAAUUCACCUGGAUCAAGUUACAUCAGCUUGUCUGGAGACAAAAGGGUACCUUGUCAUCUUUUGGUUGUGCGCGCAUUUGUGUGUGUGUGGUUGAUACACAUUAAGGACAUUCCCAAAAGAGAAGCAAAAGCUUCACUUUUCCACUCUUUCUUUUCUUUUUUUUAAUUUUCAACCUAAUUCCUUCCACUGGACAGAACUGUGUAUCCCUGCAAUGUUGACCUCCCAGAUGCAAAGUUUAGUUCAGUAGCGAUCUUCAAGCAACAAUUUGACUGAUCAGUUGAAGGCGAAAGAAGGAGAUGCAUGUUACAGAGAAAGUAAAACAGAAGGCAAGUUGGGGGGAAAAAAAUAAAUAUUUCAGUGUGAAUUGUAAUGCAUCUAAAUCGUGUCUCCAACACAUGACUCUGUAAACCAUAGGUCCAGAAGUAUUGGAAACAUAACAUGGUUUUUUUUUCAUGAUUUUGCAAUUACAGUACACAAUUCAAAAUGAAAAAUCAAGGUGUUGUAUAGAUGUAAACUUUCAGCUUUACCAGUUACCGUUUCGGAAUUAGACUCAUUUUAGGGAAAGUGCAUUCAUUUUGAGAGGGUUAAAAGAAUUUGGACAAACAAGAGGUUCAUUUUUCAGGUAUAGUACAUUCUGUCGUUACUUCAACAAAAAUGAAGCAGACAAUUUCAGGUCAGAAUCAGAAUCAUCUUUAUUUGCCAAGUAUGUCCAAAAAACACAAGGUAUUUGUCUCCGGUAAUUGGAGCCACUCUAGUACGACAACAGACAGUCAAUUGACAGAGAAGACAUUGAGAAAAACAGUCACUGAGCAAUAAAGGGUUGCUUAUCUGGUAAUGCCGGUACAUUUUUUAAAUUUAUUUUUUGACAAUUGUGUUUUGACAAUUGUGCAAAAAGAUGCAGAGUCCUCUAGCACUUAGAGCAGUUUGAAUGACUAAUAUUGCAAUAGUCCGGUUCAAUGACCAUUGUGCAAAGGGCGCCGAGACUUCAAGUGAGUGUAUGCCGUGACUAAAGUGACUAGUAGCGCGAUAAUCUGGGACAAUGUUGAUUGUGCAAAUGUUGCAGAUACUCCUCAGUCAGUGUGCAAAUAGAGCAGAUGCUACUCUGGCAUGAGUGGCCAGUAUUGGUCAACAACAUAUAUGCAAAUAGUGCAGCGUGACGAGACUACUACAGUGAGUGCACGAGUAAUAUAUAAUUGGCCCCACAGAAAUGUGACAAUAAAACUCAAGACAAAAAGACAAAAAAUUGCCAGCAUGUUGUAAUGGAAUUGUAGGUAAGGUGUUUAAGAAGUUGAUUGCAAGAGGGAAGAAACUGUUGGAAUGUCUGCUAGUUCUAGUUUGCAUUGAUCGGUAGCACCUAACUGAGGGAAGGAGCCGGAAGAGCUGGUGACCCGGAUGUGGAGGGUCAGAGAGGAUUUUGCACGCUCUUGUCUUAGUUCUGGCAGCGUGCAAGUCCUCAAGCGUGGGUAGGGGGGUACCGACAAUCCUUUCAGCAGUUUUGAUUGUCCGUU